AUGCUCCUAUGCCUAUUGCGCAAGAUCUUUGUACUCGUGGUUGCUGUAUCCGCUGCCCCACAGGGUUACAACCUGCCCAUGCCCUGUGGCGGUGGACAAGUGCGACACGUGGAUGGCAGAUGCGUCUCGCCUCAAGUGAGCAACCGCGUGUUCCUGUAUGACGCCCCUCCUAACGAAGCUUCAGUCAGCCCGCCCGUGUACAUUCCGAAGCCUAAAGUGGAGCGUAAUAUUGUGUUUGUGAGGCUUCCUGACGCUGCUCAAGGACCCGAGCCCAUCGUCAUCCCUCCUCCGAGGCAAAAGCACGUCCUGUUCGUCCUUAAUAAGCAGUCGGAACAGGGCCAGAAAGUGAUCCAAGUACCAGCGCCACCCCCACCCAACCCUGAGGUGUUCUUCGUCAAUUACGCAGAAGGAGAGAACCCAACUCUUCCCAUCGGAGUGGACCUUCAGACGGCGCUAAAUGCAGCUUCUCAGAGCGGAGGCCAAGUUGUGGGAGGAGGUGGCGGAGGGGUUGGAGGAGGUGGCGGCGGGUUUGGAGGUGGCUUUGGAAGCGGUAUUGGGGGCGGGUUCGGAGGCGGUAUUGGAGGUGGAUCUGGUGGUAGCAUUGGGGGUGCUCUUCCCACUCUUUACAGAAGUCCAUAG